CUUUUUUAUGUUUGCUUUGCCCCCAAACCUAUAUUCCCCAACCCUCCUCGUCGUGUUCUCUCCUCCAUCUCUCUCUCUCUCUCUCUCUCUCUCUCGUGCCUCCGAACAAAGCAGUCAAGAGAAAAAAAGGGUUUAUUUAUUUUUCCUUCGUUGGCGUCUCCGAGCUUCCGAACUCUCGUUCAUCGAUCAUGGCGGAUAGAAACAAUGCUGAUGUUCGCAAUCAUCUCUCUGUCAACACUCCUCAGCAGAUCCCGAAAGAUGUGCAAGCAUCUGAUAACCCUAUCCCUCUUUCACCUCAGUGGCUUUUGCCUAAGCCUGGGGAGAAUAAGCCGGGAAUAGUAGCUGGGGAAUCACAUGUCAGUUCAGUUCCAGGUUAUACCAGUCGUGCAGAUGGCUCAAAAACAUCAGGAAAUGGAGAGGAAAUGCAUGAUGUUGAAAAGAAAAGGGAUGUUUUCAGGCCAUCCUUGCUUGAUGCAGAAUCUGGUCGUCGUGACCGCUGGCGUGAUGAGGAACGAGAUACUAAUUCCUUGAUCCGCAGAGAUCGUUGGAGGGAGGGGGAGAAAGACGUUGGUGAUACCCGCAAGAUGGAUAGGUGGAUGGAAAACCCUUCUAAUAGACAUUCCGGGGAAGCACGUCGUGGCCCAUCUGAACGGUGGACUGAUUCAAGUAACAGGGAAAGUAAUUAUGAGCAACGCCGAGAGAGCAAAUGGAACACACGUUGGGGGCCUGAAGAUAAGGAGUCGGACAGUUGGCGUGAGAAGUGGCUAGAUUCUAACAGAGAUGGUGAGAUGUCUCGUGAUAAAGGAUUGCCUCAUCUGACUAAUCAUGGAAAGGAGGACCGGGAGGGGGAUUAUUAUCGGCCAUGGCGAUCAAACUCCUCCCAGAGUAGAAGCAGAGGAGAGCCUUAUCACCAAACUUUAACACCUAACAAGCUUUUUCCUGCUUUUGGCUACAGCAGGGGGCGAGGGGAAAAUUCUCCUUCAAACUCAUCUGUUGGACGUGGAAGGGUCAUCUCUGUGGGAAGUACCGUGAGCAGUAUUUCUUAUUCUCAUUCUUUGGGUUUUGUGUCAGAUAAGGGUGAAAGUGCCCAUGGAGAGCUAUCCCCUUUACGAUAUAGCAAGGACAAAUUACUAGAUGUAUACAGGAUGACUGAUGUAAACACAAAGCCAUUAGAUGGGUUUAUAGAAGUACCUUCUCUUACACAGGCAGAACCACUGGAGCCCCUGGCAUUUUUUGCACCUACUUCAGAGGAACUGGCUAUCUUGAAAGGAAUUGAUAAGGGGGAUAUAAUAACUAGUGGUACUGCUUCAAUUUCUAAAGAUGGAUCUGUUGGACGGAAUUCAACAGACUUGGUACAAUCAAGACGAACCAAGUUUGGUAGUAGAGAAGAUUUACCAUCUGAGAAUGAUGAUUGUAAAGAUGACAGCACUGACAACUCAAAAGGUGUGCACUUGGAUUAUUCUGAGAGUGCUUCACAUGAAAAGCUAAGGCAUCAAUUUGAGUCUGAGUCAAAGUCAGAAACAACUCAGAACCUUCAUGCAUACCGUGAUAACAGAUUUAAUGUAGAAGGUGUUCCUUGUGCAGUGUUUAGGGAAGAUGGUGAUCCCAACAGGAAGGUUGAUGAGGUUGGAGUUGGCAGGGAGGGGAGUGUUCAGGCUAAUUCUUUUGUUAACCCAGGCAUCCCAUGGAGAUCUCAGUCUCUGGGAGAAUCCACACGUAUGCCCUCAUAUGGUUGGAGAGAUUUCCCAGCUGAGGUUAGGUCAAAAUCCUCUGACAUGGGAUGGUCACAUCCACAGAAGGAUCGGGAUACUGAAUGGGAGAAUAAUUCUGCACAUCCAUUGUCUUACCAUAAGGAUGAACCACACUGGCAAGUUGGUGAAAGUUUUCACAAGGAUAUUGGCCGGGAUUCCAUGAUUAAAAGGCAACCUUCUGAAGUACUGGACAGAGAGCGGGAAGCUAGAAAAUUGCUGUCACAGCCACCCCCAGAGGAGUUAUCCCUGUACUACAAAGAUCCACAAGGCGAAAUUCAAGGUCCUUUCUCUGGUCUUGAUCUUAUUGGGUGGUUUGAAGCUGGAUAUUUUGGAAUAGAUUUGCAGGUUCGCCUUGCAAAUGCUUCACCUGACACUCCUUUCUCAUUGCUUGGGGAUGUCAUGCCACAUUUACGAGCAAAAGCAAGGCCUCCACCAGGCUUUAGUGCUCCAAAACAGAAUGACAUUUCAGAAACAUUAAAUAGGCCAAAGUUUAGUAGCCUUGGAAAGCUUCAUGCUGGUUCGGGUGAGACUGAUAUUGCAAAGAAUGAACCAAGGAACAGGCAGGAAUCGAUGACUGAGGCUGAGAAUAGGUUUUUGGAGUCACUGAUGUCUGGUAAUGUUAGCAGUUCUCCACUGGAGAAAUUUUCUUUAUCUGAAGGCAUGCAGGGAUUUAUCGGAAAUAACUCUGGUGGUGUGCCUCCUACAGGAGUUGAAGGUUUAAGUGACCUAAAUUACCUUUUGGCCCAGAGAACGCCAUUGGAUCGGCAAAUGCCUCUAUCCAAUCCUCAUACAUAUUGGCCAGGGAGAGAUGCACCGUCCAUGUUACCAAAAGCAGAAGUUAUCCCUGAUUCUCCUUUGCCACAUUCAAAGCUUCAUCCUUCGAUGGCUGACAACCCUCAUAAAAUUCCUCAUCUUCAGAAUGUAGACUUGUUAUCUGUGCUACAAGGUUCGUCUGACAAGUCACCUUCUGCUGUCAAUAAUGGAGUUAUUGGUUGGUCAAAUUUUCCUGUCCAAGGUGGUUUGGAGAUGCGUCAGGAUAAGAUGGAUUUGCAUCAUAAUCAGAAUUUCCCUCAGCAAGCUGCAUAUGGGAUUCAACAGCAGAGACUGCAGCAACAGAGUCAACCAUCUUUAUCAAGUAUUAUUGUUCAAACUGCAGAUCAUCCUUCUGGGAUCAUAACCCCGGAUAAAUUACUCUCUUCUGGACUUCCUCAAGAUCAGCAGAUGUUAAAUAUAUUACAACAGCAGUACCUGUUAUCCCAACUUCAGUUACAAUCCCAGCCACCUGUUCCCACACAAUUGUCGCUGCUGGAGAAAUUUUUGUUACUUAAGCAACAACAAAAACAGGAACAACAGCAGCAGCUUUUGCGGCAGCAACAACACUUGCUUUCUCAGGUUCUGUCUGAGCAUCAGUCUCGCCAUCACUUUGGGGAUCCAUCUUUUGUAAAUAUACCUGUGGGUGCAAUGCCAGCAGGAAAUGCUUCUGCUGAUCAUGGUGGGCCUCGGUCUCCGCAUGAGAUGUUUCUGAUUAACCCACAGAUACCUGUUCCCAAUUUACAGGAUGUUCAGACAUCUAACUUUGCAACAUUGCCUUCACAAGUUUCACAAGAUGUUGGUUACAACAGUUCUGAUGCAUCUUCUCUACUCUUGCGACACCAGAUUUUUGAUGGUACAAACUCUCCCAAAGGUUGGAGUGCUACUUUGCCAGAACGGGUUGAUGACAUUCAACAAACUGACUCUCAGGUGGUUCAAGGGAUGAUUGAUGAUGGUUCCCCCUCAAUGGAGAUGAUAGAAAAGCCUUUGAAGGAGCCUCCUCUUAUGCAUGGGGAUAUUUCAGACAUCUGUGCUGAUGUGACUCAAGAGCAGACAUUGCAGAAUAUGCAUGGAACUGAUGAACCUGUCACGAUUCUUAGCACUGAAAGCAAUGCAAAUUCUGUACCUGCAGUUUGCCCAGGAACUCAUCCUGUUGUACCACCUUCAUGCACUGACAAGGAUGAAGUAUCCAUGGCUGAACAAAACAAUGAUGUGAAGGUUCUGGUGUUGGAUCUUCCUGAAGAACCUCAGGCUCAGAAAGAACAAGGUGAAAAUGAAUCUCCUAAGAUAAAAGAAGUAAAAGGUGCUGAAGUACGUGAAACAAAGAAAAAUUCUGAAAAGAAGUCUAGAAAACAAAAGGCGGCAAAAGCACAAUCUUCAUCGGAGCAAAAGGGAAUACCCAAGGUAUCUCUUUCACCACAGUUGAAGCAAUGUGAAGAUGAGGGAAAACACUCAAUGGACGCAAAAUCUGAAGGGCACACGGAUGCACAAGAAAAACUUAAUGGAAUUUCCUCAACUAAAACAGGUGAUGCUAGAAAUGGGACACCUACUCUAGAAACAUUGGGUUCUCAGGAAGUUAAAAGCUCAUUACCCAGAAGCAUUUCUACUAAUGAAGUUCAAUCCGUUGAAAGCAAGUGUGAAUCAAGAAACAUUGAACCUGUGCCUUUGCAGAGUACACAAAUGAAUUCAAGUCAUCGAACAUGGAAACCUGCUCCUGGUGUAAAGCCAAAGUCACUCUUGGAGAUUCAACAGGAAGAGCAACGGAAGGCACAAAUGGAAAUAGUUGCUUCUGAGAUCGUGACACCUGUUAUCUCCAUGAGUUCUUCAACUGCUUGGGCUGGGGUUGUCACCAAUACUGAGCCUAAAAUUGUUAAAGAUAACCAUCAAGAUGCUGCUAGUGCACAACCUGUUACUGGGAGAUCUGAAGGUGCUACAAAUUUGAAGAGCAAGAAGAGCCAGUUACAUGAUCUGUUGGCAGAAGAAGUUUUGGCAAAAUCUAAUGAGACAGCUAUGGAGGUGUCUGAUAAUCUCUCUAAUCUGCCUUCACUACCUGGUACUACCACUCAAGUUGAUUCAGUAGAUGACAAUGACUUUAUUGAAGCUAAGGACACUAAAAAGAACCGCAAGAAGUCUGGAAAGGGGAAGGGUGUAGGAGUUAAGGCCUCGGCUACUGUUGCUUCCCCUGAUGUUUCUGUUGCAUCAAGUCCUGUUGAGAAAGCAAGAAAUUCUCGUCAGGUACAACUGGAAAAGGAUGUACUGCCUGCUCCACCAAUAGGCCCUUCUUUGGGAGAUUUUGUCUUUUGGAAAGGGGAGGCCACAAACCCUGCACCAGCUCCAGCUUGGUCUACUGACACAGGGAAGCUUAAUAAGCCUACAUCCUUAAGGGACAUCCUGAAAGAGCAAGAAAAAAAGGCAUCUUCAGUUCAACACCAGACCCAGAUUCCAACUCCCCAGAAACAACAGUCAACCCGGAGCACUCGCGGAAAUGGAUCUUCAUGGCCACUUUCUGGAUCAUCUCCAUCUAAGGUUGCAUCUCCCAUACAGACCAAUUCCUUUGCUUUGUCCCAGUCAAAGUCUAAGGUGGAAGAUGAUCUAUUCUGGGGUCCUCUUGAUCAAUCAAAGCAUGAGCCCAAACAGUCAGAUUUCCCAUCUCUAGCAAAACAGAGCAGUUGGGGAUCAAAGAACACUCCUGUAAAAGGAACUGUGGGAGGGUCAUCAACUCGCCAGAAGUCCUCUGUUGGCAGACCUACAGACAGUGCUCUUUCAUCCUCGCCUUCUGUUUCUCAGUCAUCCCUAAAAGGGAAGAGAGACAACAUAAGCAAGCAUUCUGAGGCAAUGGACUUCAGAGAUUGGUGUGAGAGUGAAUCUGUUAGGCUUACUGGCACAAAGGAUACAAGUUUCCUGGAAUUUUGUUUGAAGCAACCAACACCAGAAGCCGAGACACUAUUGAUAGAAAACCUUGGCUCAUUUGAUCCUGACCAUGAGUUUAUAGACAAGUUCCUCAAUUACAAGGAGCUCUUACCAGCGGAUGUGCUUGAGAUUGCUUUCCAAUCUCGGAAUGAUAGAAAAUUGACUGGGUUUGGUGCUGCAGAUGUAAAUACUGACAGUGCAGGACUUGGGGACAUUGAGGCAGAUAUGGCGGCAAGUCUUGAUGGGUCAACCAAAGGAGGAGGGAAGAAAAAGGGGAAGAAAGGGAAGAAAGUGAGCCCAUCAGUUUUAGGGUUUAAUGUUGUUAGUAACCGCAUCAUGAUGGGUGAGAUUCAGACUGUUGAAGAUUAGAAGUGGUCCAUAGGCAUUUGUAAAUACAUUGUCUGCAAAAAUCUGUAAAGGUUCAUUUAGGAAUUUUUUUUGGCCCUCGUUUAUAGAGAAGCAGGCACUGAGUUUUCAGUUCACGCGGUUUUGUGGAGUAAUAUUUAUAUAAUCAGAGCCCAUGUGAUUUGGUUGUUUAUUAACGAAAGAAAAAGGCUUAGCAAGGUCCAUCAGAAUCAGAUAAACGACAAUUUUCAUAGUUUUCCUUCGGAAGGCCAAUCCGGAAUCUGCUUUACAAGUUAUAUGAUAAUUGUAGACUUGUAGUAGUAUAGAUGUUUAGUUGUACGAUAGUUUCCUUUUUUGCGUCAAUUGUUGGUCAAUUUUGAAUAUUUAUGUUGAAUUCAGCGGAAAGCAUUAUUUAUGUUGA